AUGAGCAGCGGCGGCGGCAGCGACAGGCCCGGCUCGGGCGCCGGCAGGACGGUGAAGACGCCGUCGGACUUCCUCAAGUCCAUCAGGGGCCACCCUGUCGUUGUCAAGCUCAACUCCGGCGUCGACUACCGAGAGGUGAUAACUUGUAAAGAUAUUAGAACAAUGGGGCAAAAAUUGUUUAUUGUUCCUUAUAAAGAUAACUUGUGCUUUGUGGAGCAUGGCAACCGCGAUAGAAUAUGA